CCGUGUUGUUUCCCGGAUGUAAAGAUGGCUGCCAAGUCAGUAUCCUGACCGCAGCUCGGAGAUGAGUAUCAGCUCAUCUUAACGCCAAGAUAAACACAAGUAACGCCAGCUUUUCUUUGCUAUCGGAGCAUUGUGCCACUUCUGCUCUAGGGCAACUAACAAGCCCUCUGCUAGGAGUGCUCCCAGGGAGCUCGCUCCUGAUUGGUCAGCAGGCUGCCUCCUUGCGGCUGGCUCAACUGAAAGCCCAGCUAGCACUGACGCAGAUCAACAACCUUCUCGCUUUUGGCAGGCGAGCAGCAACCUUUAAAGCCAACUCCAACACACCUGCUCCCUACAUAUCUACAGCACCUCCUUCCCCAACCGCUGCUGCCAUCAAUCUCCUUAACCUUCUGAAGAUUGUAAACACCAUGUCCCGUCACCCGCAUAACCCCUUUGACUCUAGGAAUCAAAGUUCUACCCAGGGGCAGUAUGGAUUAUCCACUACACAGGCAGAAAGGGACCCUGGGAUGGCACCUUCUUAUCUUGGACCUGGGUCCAGCUUCAGUUCUUCUGGAGCGUCCUCUGCAAUUCCUGACAACGCUGGAGGAAUCUUCUCAAUGCCGAUGUCUCAGUCGAUGAACUAUGGGUCUGAAUGUAGUAGGGCCCUAAUGGAGGAGAACAUAGAGAAAUCUAUAGCGAUGCAUAUUAGCAAAGCCAGAGAGGAGAGUCGUUUUGGCAAACCCAUGCAUCAUCCCAUUGACAAGGGCACUCAUUCUACUGGCCUUCAAAGGAAUCAGUUUCACUCCUCAGACACAAGGAUGGCCUCACACCCAAUUUCCUCAGCUUCUGCUUCUUUGGGACAUAGACAGUCGGAUGUGGGAAGUGGUAAUAGCUCCUGGGAUUGGUUGUCAAGCUAUAAAAAGCCCACUGCUGAUGACACUAAAUUUUAUUCAUCAUCUGAUCAUGAUAUGCAGUCCAUUCCAGGGUUAGGUGAUUAUGACUGUCGCGAGUCAGAAAAAUUUGCAGCCCCUACAGAGCCCAGCCAACCUAAGUAUACAUCUGAAUCCGCUGCUAACAUCCUUCAGCGCUUUGGACUUGAAAAAGAGGACUUGGAACAUCUCAUCGCCUACCCUGAUGACCAAAUGACGCCUGAGAACCUGCCAUUCAUUUUACACCAAAUCCGUCUCCAGAAGGCCAAGAGGGCUACAACUGCCUGUCAGUCAAAACCUUACCCUGAUCCCCAGCCCACUGGAUGUGUCGGUCAAAUGGAUAGCCACAGUUUGAGUGAUUCCUGGGGGUCGGGGAUGCGCCAAGAAGAAGUCUCGUCAGCUGUUCUUCAGCCAAGUAAAGUGAUUGACUAUGGACAUACUGGUAAAUAUACAGGAGGGGUUGGAGGUGAGACUGGAAUGACUAGGUGCAGCAAGGCCAACAGUGGGAGGGGUGGAGGUAUGUUGCUCAUGGACACUUGUGAUACUAGGAAAAACAGUCGAGGACCUCUACAAAAACAUACAGCUGAGGUGAAAAGCAGUUCCUUGGGUUCUUCCAAUCACCAGGCGACUUCUGUUACCAGUCUCAGCUCCUCAAAAAGUUGGGCUCCUCCAAGCCAUGAUCAGACCAAACGAUUGCAGACUUCCCAAACACUCCUCAGCCUUUUUUCUGUGCCAAAGAAUGACACAGACAUCAGAGUUGUCACAACAGGAGCCUCCAAACGUGGUCCUUUGAAAGAACCAGCGUCAGAUCGUCAGUCAACGUCAAAAACCCAACCACAUGCCAGUCUGCUCAGAGGUGUGCAUCCUGGCAGAUCUGGUCUAGUGCUCGUUGGCAGUAAUAACAACAGUGGUGCUAAGGAUCAGAGUAAAAUUCGAAGUCAAGGGUCAACAGUUGCUGAGCAGAUGAAAAAGCAGCAGUCGCAGAAGCAGCCAGCAGAGCAGCAAUCAAAGCAACAGAAGGAGAAGGAGCAAAUGAUGUGGCCUCCAGUUUUUUCUGUUGCAAAAUCAGUUCCAUCUGCUGCCGUCAUACCCAACAUCAUAGAUGCCUCAAAGUCCAUGCAACAGCCGAUGAGCUCCAAUCACACUACGUUGCCAACUUCUCACUGGCAGCCUCCAGCAAACGUGCCAGUCUUCAAGGGUCUACCAACACUGGCCAUGAUGCAGGAUUAUGCAGCUGCCUCACCGAGAAUCUUUCCACAUACCUGUUCUCUGUGUAACAAAGAAUGUACUCAAAUGAAGGAUUGGAUCUCCCACCAGAACACCAGCCAUCACCUUGAGAGCUGCACACUUCUGCGAAAACAAUACCCCGAUUGGGAUGGUGAGAUUGCUCUUGUGCCCAGGGCUUUAGGUAAAGAUGCCAAACCCUCAACCUCGUCCAGCAUCCGCUACCACCAUGCCUCGGAGCGUAGAAGGGAGAAGCGCAGUAGUCGGUCACGAUCGCCACAUAGUACCAGAUACACUCGCAGGUCCCGGUCUCGUUCUUGCUCCCCACGGUAUGACCGCCCAACCACCUUACCCUAUCGGUCACGUUCGAGGAGCUCUGAGAGACGAUCUUCGCCUAGGAGGAGAGACGAGAGACGAUCAUCUCCAAGAAGAAGCCAUGAAAGACAACUGUCGCCUAGGAGAUUUGAUGGGAGACUAUCACCACCAAGGAGGAUGGACAGCAGACGAUCGCCACCAAGGAGGAACCGUGAGGGCCGAUCAUCCACAGGAGGAAGACUGGUUCAGAAACUACUGGAAACAUCAUCAGCUUCCCAGUCUCUGCCAAUGCAGUCUGACCUGGAGGCCGUGGUUAAAACUCUGGCUCCUGCCUUACUGGCUGAGCUUGCCAAGAUGAAGUCCUCCUCUUCCUCAUCUUCCUCUUCAGCAAAGAAGAUGUCGACUACAAAGCCCUCUGAAGGAAGGCCCAGCCUGCAGAGCAGUGAGGCAAGUUCUGCCACAACUACUAAGACUGGUAAGUCUUCACCUCCAACCAUGGUGAGGCUAGAAGGGAUUAACAGUACUCUCUCUCACAACGAUGUGGUCACUGCUGUGGAGCACUUUGGAAAAACAAAGUCAAUCGUACUGUUUCGGACCAAACUGCAGGCAAUCGUGUGUUUCGAGAAAGAGGAAGAUGCUAAGAAACUGAAAAGCAUAAAGGGCUUUGAUGUGAAAGGAUUGACAAUCAGUGUUGUCAGAGAAGAGGAGACUGUUUCUAAUGUGCAAAUGACGCCUCCUCAGAAAAAACCCACCAUGUCCAUCACAGCCACCUCUACCUCUAGAACGGUUCUUCUCCCUUCACCUAACGUGCCUUCAUUUUCCUGUUCACCCGAACCUUCACCGUCUGGGGCCCAAACACCUACAACACGAGUAGAAACAGUAGAGCCCAUGGAAGUUGGACGUUGUGUUGAUGGCACAGAAGAAAGACCACAAACUACAGGAGCCGUACCAGAAAAUUCAGCAGACAAACCUUAUACGAUUCAACCAGCUACCAGUGAGACCUUGUCAACAGAAAUGAACCAAGACGAUCCUGUGACUGCAGUGAACACACAGAUGGACACAGCAGCAGCAGCCAACCUGACCAUUGGGGAGAAGAUAGAACAACACCUGUUUCUACAUAUGAUACCGUCCUUCGACAGGAAAUACUUCUUCUCUCCAAAUUUUUUUCGACUUGAUAAGAAGCAGUUGCUUCUAAGUGGACUGCCGGCGUAUUAUGAUGGCUGCUACACGGAGGAUGAAGUUGCCAGACUGCUCAGGCCAUACGGGUUGAGAUAUAAGUCCACCAACACCAGCAACAUCUUUGUUAUUCCCCAGACAGGCAUGGCCUUCGUCCGGAUGCAUUCAGCAGGGGCUGUGCGUAACGUAUUGAACGCCUUCAAAACGAAGCCCUUGGUUUUUAAAUCGUGUACUCUGGGUUGCCGUGUUCUGUGCAACAUGGACAUGACACCGCCUGGGUUUUAUAAAAGACUGAUGGAGAUAUUGAACUCUCCUGUCGUUGAUGAUGGACUCAGAACGUUCUUCAUCAACAACGUUUCUCCACGUUACACCAGGGAACUCAGGAAAGCGAUGGGUAACACCUUUUCUCUCAGGAACUACCUGCCUCUCCUCAACAAGGUGUUUAUUGAAUUUGAGACCGUUCUGCAUGCUGAUCGGUUUCAAGUUUGGUAUGAUAUAUACCACACGCUACAGUCUGACACUGGACACAAACUUGAAAAGCUGAGAAUGCCAAAAGAUGUAGCAGUGAGUGAGCAACAACUGGCAACUGACUCUCUGACUACUGGGGAGAUGUUAGAAAAGCACCUGGAUCUAAAUAAAAUCGUGCGCCUCAAAAGUCAAAACUACCUCUCACCCAAAUAUUCCCAACAUGGAUUGAAGCAGAUGAUGGUAACCAGACUGCCAAAGUACUACGACGGCUGCUACACAGAGGAGGACGUUGUCAAACUGCUCACUCCAUUUGGGUUUGAAUACACAGACGACAGCAUCUACGUCCUUCCUCAGAUGUGCAUGGCCCUCUUCCGGAUGCCAACAGUGGAGAAUUUGCGCUCCAUAAUGCUUCACUGCAAGACGGACGGGAUUUCACUGAAAGGGUCAAAACUGUUUUUUGAUGUGGUAGCUGGCGGCAUUGCAAUGACACCGCUCGGGUUCUAUAAAACAGUAAUGAAGCUGGUGAGGUUUGCUGUGCAGGAUAAUGGAGCAAGAACAAUCCUCAUCAGUAACAUCUCACCAAGUGAAGUCAGGUACCUCAAGGAAACUUUGAAACCAUUUGUUCGUGUCAGGAACUACCUGCCUCUCAUCAACAAGUUAUUUGUAGAAUUUGAAGAGGCCGCCGACGCAAAUCGGUUCGGAGGUUGGUACGAUCUCCAGAAACCACCACCUGGAUACAAAAUCCAUGUACUGCACAAACCAGGCAAAUGCCGGAGCAACGUAUCACGUCCUGUGACUGCAGUGAAGACACAGUGGUAUGCGGAAUCAACCAAGGUUUCAUCAACAGUUGCAGAAGUUAUCAAGCCUCAACCGGCAACCUCCACACCAGCCUCAACUGCAGUGCCUCUUCUGACGACUGAGGAGAUGGUAGAAAAUCACAUGGAUCAAGACAGAAGAGUCUGCUUCAACAGGCAAAACUUCACCCGACCUAAACUCGACUUUACGGAUGACAGUGUUUCUUCCAGUCUUCCUAUCGCCUGCCUUUUUGAUGAGGGAAAUUCCAGCAUGAAUGACUCUGUCAAUGAGGAUAAAUUGAAUGAUGACGUAAAAGACUCGAGCCCUGAGCCUCUUGGUUCCUCUUCAUCCUCCAAAGAGAGAUUAGAGAGGCAAAGCUCAGGUGUGCUGCCUGCUAGCGAACAGAUCUCCCCCAGUGUCAGUGAGCCGCCCUCCUUUUCUUCUCCUCUGCCUACUGAAACAUCUUCCUCCCCUGGUCAGAAAAUGCUACAGAGUGGGACAAGCGAUGCUGUCGAGGCAUCAAUAGAGACUCAUCUCGAGCCACUUGGAGAAGAAGCAAAAGCCACAGAGGGCGCAGUUGCAAAGUCUGACCACCAAGUGUCAGGAGAGGGUAGUGCUGCAAAAACUGUUGAGUCAGAGACAAAAGUAGAAACAUCAGCAGAGAUGCAUCCAUCAUCACAGGGGCAUGGGGAAGAGUCGAGCCAAACCCAGAGUCUGGAGGUUAAUGAUGAUGUCAGUACACCCAAAGAUCAGAGCAAAAGCAGAGAAGAAGUGAAUGAAGAUGAUGUUGACAAACACGCAGAGGAGGACGAUGUUGAAAACUACCUAAUCCUUGAUUCACUCGAUGAUCAGACAGAUAAACAGAUGGAUGAUGGAGACAGAGGCUGCAGCUCUGAAACUCAUCCAGCUGUACCUGAGGAAGACCAGACUUUGCAUGAGCAAAGCUAUCAGGUGAUGGACAGUGUUGACGAUGAAGGCAGAGCCUGCCCAGAGGAUGACAAAGAAAUGGAAAUGGACGAUUCUUUCCAGCAACUGUCUGGGGAAGAUGCUGGUCCUGUAGUUGGUAAAUCUCAUGAAGAAGAUGCAGUAGCAGAUUUCAAAGAUAUGGAAAAUCCUGCUGUAGAGGAGCCUUUUCAAGAUACUGAACAAGAAACCUUUGAGAUACUGGAUUCAGUUGAUGAUCAGACUGCAGCAGAAGAUGACAACCAAAAACUUGAAACUGGCAUUGACCAGAUAUCUAAAGAAGACACUGGACCCACAGAACAAGAGGACACAUUCCAGGUAAUUGAUUCUUUGGAGAAUCAGCCAGAGACGGACAACAAGGAAAAAAGGACCAGGAAAGGGGAGACAACUGUCAGAAAAGACGGAGCUACAAGGAGGAGUGGCCGCACAAACACAGCAUCUAAAACUGAAGAGAAGGAGAAAUCUCCAAAGAAACAAGACAAGGCGGUUAAAAAAUAUGAGACACGGACAAAGAUGGACACCACUGCAGGAAUCUCUGAGGAGAUGUUGUAUGAGGUAGUAGAUUCUGUUGAAGAUGAUCCGGUUCAAGAGGCCAUCAUCUCAGAAAAGCCUGGUCGAAGAAGGAGCGCAAGAGGGAAGAAGACAGAAGUGUCUGAAAGACCUGACUCUGCAGAGGAAGAGAAUACCAAUGGUAAACCGACUGUCACGACAAGAUCUUUACGAGGAAGAGAAAGAGCAAGUAAGAAAGAUGCUUCAAAUGAAAAAACAAAAAAAGAGGACACAGCAACAAGGAGGAACACUCCUGCCAGAGAAUCACAGGAACAAAGAGAAAACACUCCAAAGAAAGAGGAGAAAUGCUCUCCAAAAGGCAGCACACCAACAAAGAAGAGUGACAUUGUUGUUAGUGAGAACGAUCCUACCUGCGACAUAGUGAUACCUGCAAAGGUCAUCAAGCCUGCUACAAGACAAAAAGGAAGAAGGGGAAGACCAAAGAAAGAGGUUCAAAAAGAAAAAGACAACCAAUCAUUAAAGAUGGGUGAUGGAGACACAUCUGAAAAAAUGGCUGAAGAAGAAGCGGCCACAUAUCAGAUUCUUGAUUCUGUGGAGGACGAGACGGUUGAUGAUCAGUUUCCAGGACAGUCUGAGAGUGCAAGAAAACAGAAGAUAACCAAAUAUGAUGACGAACAAACCAAGAACAGUGUAACUGUUGCAGGAUCACCCAGAAAUGAGGAGGAGGAGGAGGAGGAGGAAGAGCCCUUGUAUCAGAUUGUGGAUUGGCUGGAAGAUGAUGAUGAAGAAGAGCCGACUGCCACAGAGGUGUCUGAUAAAGAAGGGAGGGAAAACGGGAACAAUGAGGCAAAAGAAGGGGAAUCAACUGAAAAAGGAGAAAUGGCAACACAUGGCACAAAAGCUUUGGAAGGGCCUGAAAAGGAUUUAGAGGAGGUCUAUAUUGACCCAUCUGCCACAGAGGAAUUUGAUCCAAGAAAAGAGGAUAGUACAGCCCAGAAAGACAUUAAAUACAACAAAUCACCUACAAAGUCCCAAUGUGAUACAGAGACACCGGAAGGGAAAAAUAUACAAAAACCACCAGAGAAACGUGACACAACGAGCACUCUGGACGAAGUGAGCGAGGAGGAACUCCCUGAUGACACGGCAGAGGAGGAAGAACUGAGGAAGAGGCAAGCUGCAACAAAAGACAAGCAAGGAAGAGGAACCAGGGAGAGAGAAGAGAGGGGGCAAAGGAACUGGGUCUGCUACAGCAGAGGAGGAGUUGGCAGUGGUGGACGUACCAGGAGGUCCAAGGAGAGGUGGAGGGAAAAUGAGGAGAAGGUGGAGUUUGACACCAAGGAGCUGGUGACACUGGAUGAGGUGGAGGCAGAUAAGGCUGGAGAGGAAGGAGCUCUUGAGAGCCAAGACAGGGAUGGGGAGUUAUCGGAGGGAGAGCUGCAGACAUUCGUCACUCUAGAUGAGUUUGUAGAAGAAGAAGAGGAAGAAGAAGACCUGAAAGCAGAGGAAACUCUGCCAGAGACGAGCCCACUACUCCAGGAGGACGAAUCAGUGGACUCCCUCAACCCAGAGACUUUGGUGACUUUAGAUGAAGCAGGCGGUGAUGAAGAAGAGAAGCCCGAUGAAGAUCAAGUGGAGAAAACCUUGAGAUCUGCUAAACGCGAACAUGAUGAUGAAGAUGACACAGAGGAAAGUAUGAACUUUGUGACGGUAGACGAGGUGGGAGAGGUGGAGGAGGAGGAGGAGGAAAAAGAAGUGGUAACAACCAGGACAAGAAGCCAAGCCAAGAAGAGAACCAGACAGACCCCUGUGAGAAAAUCAACCAGAGGGAAAAAAGAGGAGAGAGUUGAAGAAAAGGAAGCAGUUGAUGCCUUGCCUUCACUCAGUUCCUCCUCAUCAUGUCACAAAGAUCCGUCUAUGUCGUCAAGUGAUGCUCCGCUGGAGGUCCAGAAGAGAGAGGAGCAGGUGGGAGCAGCGAGACAGGCUGACAUCGAUGCUGCCUCUGCUGGGCAGGAGAUGCAGCUGGAGCACCCUGAGAACCAGACAGUGGAGGAAUCUGUGGAGAAAGGAGAGGAAGAGAAGGAAAGAUGGAGCAGGACUGACAUUAAAGCUGUGCAGAAGCGGAAGAGGGAGCUUGUUGGACCCGAAGCUAAGAGAUCUCGUUCUCGGUCUCCGUGUGUCGCUUCCGAUUUCAAACUGCUGACAUUCAAACCCAACAAUCCCCUUGGUCAGGAGUUUGUGGUCCCUAAAUUAGGGUAUUUCUGUAACCUCUGCUCUGUUUUCUACCUGACCGAGAGCACCGCCAAGAACACACACUGCAGCAGCCAGCGACAUUUCGACAACCUGAAGAAACAUUAUCAGAAGCUUGAACAGGAACCAUCAUAAAGCACUAAAGGCUCAGUUUCUGAUUGAUCCUGACUUCAUCUACUGAUUUUCAUUCUCAUAAAAAAAAAAAAAAAAAAAAAAGUUUAAAAGUGAAGCGCAUCAAGAGAAACAUCUGGAACUGUGAGAAUAAUGAGCCGUGUUUGUCAUCGGGACUAAUUGCUGUUAAAUUUCCAAUUUAUAUAAAACAAGCUGCUCAUACUCAGUACAGCCAUACUGACAACCACUUUGACAUUACCUGUAACAAGAUGCUCAUGUUGUUACCCUCAUACUUACCACUGUUAAGAAAUGUUGUGACUUUGUUUUUUGUCACGUUCUUUUGUUUGUGUUUGACAAAUAAGAACUACAGAGUUUAGUAUCUGUUUAAAGAUAUCUAAUAUGAAUAUAUCAUGUGGAUCACUUCUUGUGUUUUUACUAUGUAUAUAAGAAAUGGAUGUUCAGAAAAAAAAAGAAUUCAAAGUUGUAUCAUUUGUUUAAUAAAGAAACAACUGUAUGUUUGUAGGUAACUUUC